CUCUUCUCUUCAAGCUCCAUCCGUCACAAUGGCUACCGACCAGAAGCCCCUCCCCUUCGUUUACCAGUUCGCGGCCGGUGCCGUGGCUGGUGUCUCGGAAAUUCUGAUCAUGUACCCGCUGGACGUCGUCAAGACCCGAGUACAACUCCAGACUGGAAAGGGCGCCGCUGGUGAGGAAGCCUACAAUGGCAUGGUGGAUUGCUUCAGGAAGAUCAUCAAGAACGAGGGAUUCUCAAGGUUGUACCGUGGUAUCUCUGCGCCCAUUCUCAUGGAAGCCCCCAAGAGAGCUACCAAGUUCGCCGCCAACGACUCCUGGGGCGCCUUCUACCGCAAGCAAUUCAACCAGCCCACGAUGAACCAAUCGCUCUCGGUCCUCACUGGUGCCACGGCCGGAGCCACCGAGUCCUUCGUUGUCGUCCCCUUCGAGCUCAUCAAGAUUCGCCUACAGGACAAGGCACAAGCGCACCGAUACACCGGAAUGGUGGACUGCUUCCUCAAGAUCGUUAAGAACGAGGGUCCCCUCACCCUGUACCAGGGUCUCGAGUCGACCAUGUGGCGUCACAUCCUCUGGAACGCCGGUUACUUUGGCUGCAUCUUCCAGGUCCGCAGCCUGCUUCCCAAGGCGUCCGACAAGAAGGGCCAAAUCACAAACGACCUCAUCAGCGGUGCCAUCGGUGGAACCGUGGGAACCAUCCUCAACACCCCCAUGGACGUCGUCAAGUCCCGCAUCCAGAACACUCCCAAGGUCGCUGGCGUCACCCCCAAGUACAACUGGGCCUGGCCCGGUCUCGGCACGGUCAUGAAGGAGGAGGGUUUCGCCGCUCUCUACAAGGGUUUCCUCCCCAAGGUCCUCAGGCUCGGUCCCGGAGGUGGUAUCCUCCUCGUCGUCUUCACCGGCGUCAUGGACUUCUUCCGCAAGAUUCGCGAGAACUAGAUCGAUCAAAUGCAAAAAGAAAAUUAAGAUACCUUCUCAGAACUUUACAACCAGCAAUCGAGAGCACCACGUGAGGAAAUGUAAUGAGGGACCCGUUAUACACACACCAUGCUUGCUGGAGGACUCGCGUCAUGAAAGCAAUUGAGCGCAACACACGAUCGGCCCCAAUUCUCCAAAAAUAUCCCAACCGAUGAAGCAGUCAGUGCAGUCCAAGCCAAUCAAAGAAUCUCCCUGGACGACAAUGUAGACAUAGGGAAUGUGGUUGCAAUACACCGAUGCGAAGGACUGACUUAUCAUGGGUUGUCGUAGUAGACCGUGUUUCACUGUACAUACAAAUAACAUUCUGUUUCUUCUUCCUCCGUUCUUUGGUCCACAAUCACCACCA